AUGCCGAAUAGAGGUAACGGGGGACCGGGGAGAGCCGGGGGGGACCGGGGGGCACCGGGGGGGGGGAGCACACAGGGAGCGGCCGAUCGGAAUGGGGGGGGGGACGGGGGACAUUCACCGGCCGGCACAUGGGAUGAUGGCUUGUCACGGCACAGUGUGAGUGCCGGGAGCUGGGAUUACAUAUACUGUAUUACAUAUAAUAUAUUACAUAUACUGUAUAACAAUGUAUGACAUAUACUGUAUAAUAUAUUACUACAUAUACUGUAUUACAUAUAAUAUAUUACAUAUACUGUAUAAUAUAUUACUACAUAUACUGUAUUACAUAUAAUAUAUUACAUAUACUGUAUAAUAUAUUAUUACAUAUACUGUAUUACAUAUAAUAUAUUACAUAUACUGUAUAAUAUAUUAUUACAUAUACUGUAUUACAUAUAAUAUAUUACAUAUACUGUAUAAUAUAUUAUUACAUAUACUGUAUUACAUAUAAUAUAUUACAUAUACCGUAUUACAUAUAAUAUAUUACAUAUACCGUAUAACAAUGUAUGACAUAUACUGUAUAAUAUAUUACUACAUAUACUGUAUUACAUAUAAUAUAUUACAUAUACUGUAUAAUAUAUUAUUACAUAUACUGUAUUACAUAUAAUAUAUUACAUAUACUGUAUAAUAUAUUACUACAUAUACUGUAUUACAUAUAAUAUAUUACAUAUACUGUAUAAUAUAUUAUUACAUAUAAUAUAUUACAAUUAUUACAUGUAUUACAUUUAUUAAAUAUACCAUACUAUGUUACAUAUACUAUAUUACAUGUUGGCUGUACUGAGAGCUGUUUCCAGUACGAUUAAUGUAACGCAGGAUCCCAGCCAUAGACAGCUGUCUGUGGACUCCUCUCCCAGUCAUGGCCAGCCAGCAGGCGGACUGGGGAUCAUGUGCAGCCCUGGUGACAUACAUCCAGAGAUAAAUCAUUUUUAAUUAGUGGGGUCACCGCUUCUUGGUCCAAUGAUAAAUGGAUAAAUGCUUUCUGCCAUUUUAGUGUCAAGAAUAAUUUAUUUUUAUUUUUUAUUGUUUGUUGCAAAAUUGGAAAGCGCCUCAAACGGUGUUUUUGUCAUUUAUUUUGGAUCAACUGCAAAAAUAAAUGUGAGAAGCUGAACUUGAUGGACACAUGACUCUUUUUUUAAGCCUCUGUUACAAUGUAACUAGCAAUAAAUGAUUGCUCAGCAUAUGGAUGCCAGGUGUACCUGUGCAGCUCUGGAUACUAGCAAAGCUAUAUCUGUAUCCUGUGAUACUAGCAAAGCUAUAUCGGUAUAACUGGGAGCUCGCUGUACCUGCCAUGCUUCCCAUAUGGAACUGUCAUGUGAGCACACAUAUAUGUAGGUCUGGCAUGAGUAACAUGCUUGGCUGAAACAUUGUUACAAUAAACAUGUUAUCAAAUCCAGUAUAAGCAAAAGAUGGAUUAGACCAGGAAACACUAAUUUCAAAGUCUUUAAAUGGUUUAUUUCAGAAUUCCAGCUUGAGAUUUAUUUUUAUAUACUCGUUUAUCACCACCCCUGGUGAUUUGAUUUGUUAUUAAAUCUAAAUGUUUAUUACCCUUACCUACACAUGCAUUUUCCCACUUGCUUAUGUAAGUCUAGUAUUAAUUUUAUUCGCUUGCUUAUUCAUGACUAUAUUUCUGUAAGCUUUUGUAAGGAGCACACUAAAUGAGAGAGAUGGAUGGAUAGAUAUAGUGACAAGCUUAUUCGAGGUAAAUUGCAACAGGUUUGUGAAGUGAUUAAAUGUUUUUGUGUAUGUAAUUUAUGAAGAAUAUUUCUUAAUACUUUUAUAAAUCAUUUAGGUUGUUAUUUUGAUUUAUGUUUGAUUCCACAAGAUAAUUAACAUGUAGCUACCAGUUCUUUUGACUGUCAGGAGCUGGAUUUUACAUACACUUUUUAAUAUUGAUAUUUCUCAUUUGUCUACAAGUACUAAUUAAGUCCACGUUAUAUGUAGAAUCUGCAGAAAUAUAAAGCUAUAUAAGUUGUUCAAGCUUCAAAAUAUACUUUCUUAACUACUUUUAUGGUAGAAUCCAAAAUGGUGGUGUGGACCGGGUAGAACCGCCAUAGAUUGAGCGAUCGGCAGGAAAGGACAGGCUGGAAAAUGAGUAGCACCGAGGAGGUUUUGUGGAUCUGAGAUUACUGAUUUAUUAUGAUUGGUUUGUUUUCAACUGCAACAGUUAAUGAAAAUAUAUAGAAAUACCCAACAUGUCUAAAUCAGAAGCACUGUUACAUUCUCAGCAUAUCAAUGUCUGUUUAAAAAAAAAAAAAAAAAAAGACACUGAAAAGGUUAAGAUUCCAUAUAAAGUGUAGGGAUUCUGGUGUUUCUAAAGAAAAUAAAUGGCUUGGAAACUUGCUAAAAUUAAGGGUGACCUGGCUGUACAUGUGAGAACAUGUCUGUACCACAAGUUGCACCGUAUCCCUGCCAAGAUUAUUUUUUACAAUACAUGGGAGAACUUUGCAUUGUGCAUCACUGGCAGUACACUUUCUAGGAUAUAAUCCAUCAAAAGGGAGUGGUUUCUGUUCUCAUUAAGGGCUUUAACAUUUUCAUGGAAUCUUUGUAAAGUAUUUAAUGCUUCUUCAACCUGCCUAUUUAUCCCAAUUAAUGGAACUGAAUUCUAAUACCACAGAUACGUUUUAAUUAUUUUUAUAUUGUUAUUAAAUUUACAAUUUCUCCAUCAGCCUUAAUAAAAUGGCUGCUCAUUUACCAGAGAUUUUUGUUAAUACAAUUCAGCUAAACUACAAAACUGAAGUGCUAAAUGCAAGCCUCUCAAUGAUAAAACAUCAUUUCUCUGCAGCACUAAUAGGACAUUGCCAAAUACUUAACAGUAUAAAAGCCAUGCAUUAAAUUAAUCUUCCAAUGAUAGAAAUAUGUGUGUAUAUCACAUAAUUUUUCCCGCUUUGUUUAUAUUGUUUUAAAUCUUUAUACAUGCAACAUUACAUAAAUAAUGAAAUGAAAGAACACAAAGGCGUUGCCCGUGUAAAAUUUAAAUUUACUUUAAAAAUGCAGUCCAUCCUAAAUCAAACACCACAUGUCUUUAUUUUACGCAGGUAGAAAAGGAGGCCAUAAAGGUCGUGUGAGGCAAUACACUAGUCCAGAGGAGAUUGAUGCCCAGAUUAAAGCAGAACAUGAAAGGGCACAGGUGAGUGUGUACAAUAUGUUCUUGUUUUUGCUGUUAUUUAAAAUCAUAUUUGAAUGCAUUAUUCACAUGUAAUAGCGCUUCAUUCCCUGAUAUUAUUUACCUAGUUUGUUUAUCUCUAAUGAGCACUGCUUUUUGUAGCCCACAUACGUCCUUUCCUAUUCUGUGUCUAUUCACACUCUAAUUUUAAUCCAAUUUUAGGUCCUCUGUUUCCCACCUCAUUUAUAUGGACCCUUGGUAGUCAGUCCUGUAGUAAAUUCAAUAGUUAUCUCUCUCUCUAAUUCUCAGGAAGCAGAAUUGGAGGAAGGUGGCGGUGGUGCUGCUGGCGGCGACCCCACCAAGCCAAAAAAGGACCAGAGUUCAGAUGAAAGUGAUGAUGAAGAUGAUGAAGAUUAUCAGGUAUCACCUUGUACUAACAAUACUUGUAAUGUAUGUUGUACAUAUAACUUCAUAGUGCAUGAAUAUAUCUGGUAUGUAAAGGGCAAUUACCAUAAAUCAUGUAAAUAUGUUUGGAUUCUAAUAUAUAUAAUCUCAAACUAGUUGAUAUUAAUGUUCAACAGAUUUAUCAAACUGUCAUAAUCUGAAAAAGUGCAACAAAGUUGUAAAUCAGUAAUCACCAAUGGAAUUAAAGCAACACUCAAAACACCAUAACCAAUACAGGGCACUGCAGUGGCUAUGGUGCCAGGAGAGCCCCGGGGCCCCCUUCCUAAUAGUUAAACCAUUUUAGAACAGUUUGAUUUCUUACCUAAAUUAUGCUAGGAGCUGCUUUUGCAGCCUUCAGCUUCCUGCUGCUGUUAAGACAAGGUAGUGGGCCCGGACCCCAGGUGAGAUAUCAGCAACUCCACCAAAGGUACAUGAUCACCAAUUUUAAUUGCAGUUAUACUGUAUGACACCCUGAUUUACUCUCCUUGCGUCUGUAGGAAUCCAGCAUCACCUAGGUCCACAAUGACCUCUUGCAUAUGCCAGAAAGAAUCUGGAAUUUCCUGGCUUUUCUUCUGAUCCCUUUGAAAUGAACGAGUGAAGUACUACACACGCGCAUGCACACACUUAAUAUCCAAUGCGUAGAGACUCUCUUUGCUUCUCACAUUUAAAUUAAAAACAAGAAACAAGGGGCUAAGCAACAUUACCUCUUCCUUAUAGCAUUCCCAUUCACCCACACCAUUGCUCAAUGAGACACUCCACAUCACCAAAGCUUGCUGCAGUUCUUUAUGUGAAUAGUGUCUUUGUUUUUAUUAAUUUAUUUUACAAAAAGUGGCGAUUUUUAGUAGAAAUUGACACUAUUUUAAAUUAACCGCCCUGGCUAUCAAUGAGACCACUGAACUCCGGAGUCAGGCAAUUAUGCACAGCACCUGUGUUGCAAAGACUUCUCAUUGAGCUAUACUGAGGAAGAAGGGGAGGACUUCAGAUAAGAGAUUUUAGAUAUCCUUUAGAUAAGAGAUUUUAAAUAUUCCCCAAUGAAAAAAUGCAUGCAUAUUUUUCAUUGGGAUAUAUAUACUAAAUGGUGAUUAUUUAUAGAUUUAUUUUAAUUUUAUUUUUAUUGAAUUUAGUUAGUGGAGUCUCUUUAACUGCAGUUUAAAAACUUUGCUGGGUCAUGCGGGACACCUGCUGCUGCAAGCUCCUGACACUGAAUUAAACCUUCUAUACUUGAUAUUUGUGUAAGCUGUUUUUAAAUAUACCCUCCUAUGACAAAAUGCAAAAUUAAACACAUUCAUUUUUCAUUGGGGGGUAUAUCUACUAAACAGUGAUUUUUAUUUUGCAUCUGGGCAGUUUAGUGUCUCUUUAAUUUUAAGUUAUAGAACACCAUUUCCUACCUGACAUUGUUAUAUCAACUCCUAGUCCAUUAUUAAUUAUUCACAAAAUAAUCUUUAUUUUCAAUGAUGAUUCAGUCAUCCAUAUGAUUUAAUUUUAUUUAUUUUUUAUUUUUUUUCCAUUCAUUCUCCAUUGUCUCCCACAGAGGUUAACGUUUGAGCAUUCUCGCUAAGCUGUUCACAUAAAACUUGCUCCUUGUACUGUACCGGCGUGUCUAAUUUUAUAAUAUAUCAUCUGUACCCGCUUAUCACUGCAUGAUUAUUUUUUUUGUCACACACUCUGUAUUUUGAAUGGCUAGUUAUACAAAAUAUUUGGUUUUUGUUCCAGCAAAAGCGCAAAGGAGUAGAAGGUCUGAUAGAUAUAGAAAAUCCUAACCGAGUAGCACAAACUGCCAAGAAGGUCACCCAGGUUGAUGUGGAAUUACCUAAAGAACUAUCUAGAAGAGAAAGGUAAUAUUUAAACAUACAAAAGGUACUCUUUAAUGACCGCUUUUUUUUUUUUUUUUUUUUUUCUUAAUUGAUCUAUUGAGACCAAAGUAUUGGGACACCUGUCCAUCACACCAACGGGGACUUUUAUGACAGCUUCCACUCUUCUGGGAAGACUUUCCAUAAGAUAUUGGAGGGUUUCUGUUGGAAUUUUUGCCUAUUUACACAGUAGAGCAUUUGUUCGCUCAGGCACUGAUGUUAGACAAGAAGGCCUGUCUCGCAAUCUCCGUCCCAGUUCAUCCAGGUGUUCUAUUAAGCUCCAGCCGCACAAUUUUUUUUUUUUUUUUGUACUGAUAUUAAUGCUAGUGAAAGUUUGGAAUUCUUCAGCUAUGGAAUUAGCAGAGCGUUGACAACUUUUACGCACCAUGCACCUCCGCACUAUAGCUCUGUGACUUUGCAUGGUCUUCCACUUCGUGGCUGAGUUGCUGCUGUUCCUAAACAUUUUCACUUUCCAAGAAUACCACUUACAGCUAACUGUGGAAUAUCUAGUAGGGAUGACAUUUCACAAACUGACUUAUUGCUAAAGGUGGCAUCCGGUCACAGUACAUCUUAGCUCUUCAGAAUGUCAGAAUGACUUUUUUUUUUUUUUUCACAAAUGUUUGUAAAUGCAUACUGCGUGUCUGGAUGCUUGAUUUUAUACACGUGUGGCAAUGGGUCAGAUUGAAACACCAGAAUUCAAUAGUUCUAUACACGUGUAUGAUAAAAACAUCAAGCGCAACUAGAUGCUAAAUAGUGCUGUAUACAAUUCAUUAAAGGACUAAACAACAAAUGUUUAAUGUUUCUCCUUUAUCAGUGCAUUUCUAGUAUUGAUAAAGGGAAAACCCAAAAGGUUUUUUUUAGUCCUUCAAUAAGUUGUAUGCAGCACUGUGUGUGCACAUUUUGUAUCUAGUUGCUCUUUGAUUUUCAUUUAUUUAUUUAUUUUUACCUUGUGCAUUUGUAUUUAACCCUGCUUUGAGCAAAAAGGUACAAGGCCAGCAGCACAGUGUUAUUUGGUUUGUAUUUUGGGGGGUAUUUCAAUAACCCCUACUUUGUGUGUAUGUGGCUGUUUUAUAAAUGUAUGUCUCUCUUUUUGUUGUGGUGGGUUUUUUUUUUUGUUUGGUUUUGUUUUUUUGUCCCUUCUCAUUGAAUUGAUCCAGGUUUAUUUGUAAGACCUUAUUCUUACAGAUUCUUUCUGUCUGGUACAUUUUUCUUUGGUAUUGGCUGCUUCACUGUAGGGGUUAUUAACUGAACAAUGAAUUGCAGCGAAAGCUGAACUAAAAGAUUCAGUGAAAAAUUAACUAAAGUUAAGUUCCUGCUAUAUUACAUCAUCAUUCUGACCUAACACACCUCAAUACUUAUUGGUGGUUCAUAUUGCUGUUACUUCAUUUAACAGCUCACACACUGUCGGGGAUCGUGAUUGUUUAAAAAAAAAAAAAAAAUUUGAAUUGUGCAUGGUAACUGUAGUAAGAGUUGUAGUAUUAGAGGUGUGAGUAGUUAUAUUAGUUGAUCUUCAUUGUCUGAAGUCCAGCGGUGUAAAGAGGGCAAAUACACCCUGCAAACACGACACAGAUUUAAUUUCUUUUGCAGCAGUACAUUUAUUCAUGCCUGCCUUUUGGGUGCUCCCUCUUUGCCACAGUCCUUGAGUGUGCUCCGUUAGCCCCUGCCUGUCCUGCUUCUUCCAAUACAUCCUGGAAGAUCAGUCAUUGAUUUCUGUGUUUGUUUGGUAAAGUGGCUGAUUCCUGUUGUCUGAAUAUGCCUGGGUUCAGACAAAUCCAUUACUGAUUACAAAAUUAACCGUGAAAUGUCCCAAGGGCCAUCUAUACAUGACAUGCAAUGUGUAAAUACAAAAUCAUAAAUUGUUUGUAAUCUUGAUAAACAUUUUUAUUUUGGGGAGGAACCGUUUAUGGAUGCUGUGGUUUUGAUAAAGAGUUGCGUAAAACUGCGUUUAUGAAUGAAUUCAGUUUCCCUGUACUUGCAGUCCUGUAAUUUUAUAUAAUUUUUUUUUUUUUUUUUAUGUCUCCUUAUCGGUUUGUGGGGUUUUAAAAAUAAAGUUUUUCAUUUUUUUACUCGGUCAGAUGAAAUAUUUAGUGAAAUUAAAACACAGAGUACUCACUGUAAUGUAUAAUAACAUAUUUUACAAACCUCUAAAUGUUGCAUUCUGAUAUCUUUGCUAGGCUUUUGUGAUUUUAAAUAAUGUAUGCUUCAUUUUAUUUUUGGGACAGGGAGGAGAUAGAAAAGCAAAAGGCGAAAGAACGUUACAUGAAGAUGCAUUUAGCUGGAAAAACAGACCAGGCAAAAGCUGACUUAGCCCGACUAGCAAUCAUCCGCAAACAGAGGGAGGAGGCCGCAAAGAAAAAAGAAGAAGAAAAAAAAUGUUAGUGUCUUUUUGAACAUUUGUUUCUUCCUGCCACAGGAUUGGGGAGGGAUUGUAUUUACUCAUGCAUAUGUCAAAGUGUCAGCUGAGCAUUCUCAGCUGAUGAGCACCGCCCUAGUUCAGUUGGCACUACAAGCCAAGCCUUAAAGGUUACCUGCCACUGUAACCAGUAUGGCACACUUACCAGAUGUGAAUUCCUGGUAGCCAGUGGCAAGAGGAAAUUUUGAGCCCUGAUGCAAGUUCAUUUGUGUACUGAAAUGUCAACCUUACUUUGCAAUACAGCUAGAAGAUAUUAAAAGAUUGUGAGUAUUCGUUUACCCUUGCUUACUACAAAAGACUUGAGGCAAUAAUUAGGUAUUCAAAUCACCAGAGCAGUGAGUGCAAGGCUAAUUUAUAUUUAAACACCAAAAAGAACAGAGAAAACUUUGGAUCUAGGUGGAUAUUUAUAUCUCCCAGAUCUUCAGUUCCUCAUGAGUGUAGCGCUAAAUAUAUAGUGAAAUUUUCAGUGAAAGGACAGUGCUAACACACGCACUUACCCUAUAUAUUGUGCUUUAGUUUUCUUAGUGAUAUAUAAAAAAUAGAAAACAUAGAAAGAGUACAAAUAAUAGUGUAGUAUGUUAAAUAAAUAUCCAAAAAAAGUCCUUUAGUUGUGAAUGAUGAAUUGAAAUGAACUCACAUUUUUUAGAGCCUUUUAUAGUUAUAAGGCUCUAAACUUCCAGGUGUCUGUGUCUUUUUAGGGUAGAUCACACGACCCGUCUCUCAAGGUGAAAAAAAAGAGCGUAACUUCCUCUCCACGUUGCAUGGAAAAAAGACACAGAUAUCCCCAAUCUAAAUGUAGUAUUUUAGAUACCGAUAUAAAUCAAUGUAAAUAAAAUACAAAAUUGCUCACCUUCUUUAGAGCCUGUGGUAACUGGCUCUAAGUAUUUUUAGCCUAGUGUCAGUUAGUAGGGGUGACACUUCCCCUUCUUGGAAUCACUUGCGCAGAGUGUAAUUCAAUGGUGGAUAAAAAAUAUAUGUUUAUUUAAGAAACUAUUAAAAAUGUAUAUAUACUUCUAGAAAAUAAUAAAAACAAGUAAAUAUAAUACAAAUGUAUUGAGUGGUCUGAUAACAGGUCCACCUGGUUAGCCAAAACGCGUUUCACCGAAAAAACGGCUUCCUCAGUCAGCUCCUGAUGGUGUCAUGGGUUGAGUCCCCUUUUAAAUGUUCUAAAUUCCCGCCUAAAAUUUCCUCUCCUCGUUUGUAUUAGUUGCGUCUGGUGUCCUCAGAAUGGCGUCACGUCAUUUCCGCCCGUCUGUACUACAGGUUCCAUCAUGCUUUGUGUUGAUUGACGUCACUUCCGGUUUUCGCGGGCAAAAUGCUGUCGCGUCACUUCCGGUUUCGGGUACUACAUGUCCCAUGGUGCAAUGGCACCUCGAUCUCAUUUAAUUGAAGUAACACCUAUUUCUUUGUAGUCCAUUUCCUCCACAACCAUACUCAGGGCAUAUCAAAAGAUAAAUAUAUCAGUAGCAUAGUAAUAAAACACAAGAAAGGAGAAAGGACAAUGAUAACAAUGUACAUAUAACAACAAAUGUCUCCAUACAACAAUCAAUAUUAUUUAGCAAUGUAUCAAAGAAGGCCUUUGUGUUAAUCUGAUAUUUAAAAUGCAUAUUUUAUAAAUAAUUAGUGACUUUUACUUAUCAGGAGCUGACUGAGGAAGCCGUUUUUUCGGUGAAACGCGUUUUGGCUAACCAGGUGGACCUGUUAUCAGACCACUCAAUACAUUUGUAUUAUAUUUACUUGUUUUUAUUAUUUUCUAGAAGUAUAUAUACAUUUUUAAUAGUUUCUUAAAUAAACAUAUAUUUUUUAUCCACCAUUGAAUUACACUCUGCGCAAGUGAUUCCAGGAAGGGGAAGUGUCACCCCUACUAACUGACACUAGGCUAAAAAUACUUAGAGCCAGUUACCACAGGCUCUAAAGAAGUGAGCAAUUUUGUAUUUUAUUUACAUUGAUUUAUAUCGGUAUCUAAAAUACUACAUUUAGAUUGGGGAUAUCUGUGUCUUUUUUCCAUGCAACGUGGAGAGGAAGUUACGCUCUUUUUUUCACCUUGAGAGACGGGUCGUGUGAUCUACCCUAAAAAGACACAGACACCUGGAAGUUUAGAGCCUUAUAACUAUAAAAGGCUCUAAAAAAUGUGAGUUCAUUUCAAUUCAUCAUUCACAACUAAAGGACUUUUUUUGGAUAUUUAUUUAACAUACUACACUAUUAUUUGUACUCUUUCUAUGUUUUCUAUUUUUUAUAUAUCACUAAGAAAACUAAAGCACAAUAUAUAGGGUAAGUGCGUGUGUUAGCACUGUCCUUUCACUGAAAAUUUCACUAUAUAUUUAGCGCUACACUCAUGAGGAACUGAAGAUCUGAGCCUUUAGAGCCUUCUAGAUCCAAAGUUUUCUCUGUUCUUUUUGGUGUUUAAUUAUGUAUGGUGGGUUAUAAGGAGUACCCACGGAGUGUAUAUAGCAGCUAAAACCACAACUCACUAAUUAUAUAGCGCCACUAUUCCACAUCUUUUUGUGUUCUAAUUUAUAUUUGUUUAUUCAUAUACACAAAUUCCCUAUAGAAACAUCCUAAAUACUUUACUAGAAUGUAUGAAGAGGAAAAUGUACAUAUUCUCGUUUUGAAAUGGUUUGACUUACCUAGGUCUUUUGGGUGCCUGCUGCUCUACUGGUCCUUCUGGAUAUUGCUGAAGAUGAAGUUGCCUGUCCACUCUACAAAUAUCCGUUUUGUCCCUGUCUGGGCCUCAUUCAUUCGCUUGGUGUCAGAUCACUUGGCAUGUUGCAUGUCAAAGCACACUUUAGGGGAGGUACUAUAACUGCACUAUGUAGACAGACAUUUUACUUGGGCGUGCAAUAGAUAUGCCCAUAUUGGGACAAGAUGCCUCGGACUCAUGCUUAGAAUUCUUCCUAUCUAAUUGUUGACUAACAUUUUUAUUGAGCGUGUUACCGUAAAAUGUUUGUUUUUAUCUAUCACAUAUGACAGUGAAACUUUUGAACUAUAAGACGCUAAGAGAUUAUAUUUCUUUUUGCAGUAAAAGAUUCAACGGGAGCACCAGCCAAAGGAAUGCAGUCCCUGUCCCUUAAUAAAUAA